UCCUCAUGGCUGCAUGGCUGUCCCGGAGUGUGCUGUGGAGAAAUGGCAGCUGGUUAUUAUCCUACCAUUUCUGCAGGGCCCGAGUGUGCUGCAGGGGUGUGGGAGGCACCUCCACUGGACCGGGGGCCCUCUCUACCUUCCAGGAAAAACCUCGGACAGUAGAGGACCUUCCUCAUGUCAGUGUCUUGGAGCUGCUUUACAGGAUGGCGUUUCAGGGUUUCUACAACCGUUUGCAUGAGUUACAGAUCUUCGAGAAGCAGCGAUACGGGAACAUUUACAGAGAUGGGAUGAAGUCUGUUUCUGUGAACACUCCUCAGCUGCUGGAGGAAAUCCUAAGGAAUGAUGAGAAGUUCCCUCGCAGGGGAGACAUGUCUCUGUGGACGGAGUAUCGCGACAUGAGAGGACUCGGCUAUGGACCUUUCACGACAGAAGGGGAGAGGUGGUACAACCUGAGGGCGAUGCUGAACAAGCGCAUGCUGCACCCCAAGGACUCAGCACAGUACGGUGGUGUUAUCAGUGAGGUUGUUACAGAUUUCAUCAAGAGGAUGUACUACCUACGUCAGAGCAGCCCCUCAGGAGAUCUGGUGCCGGAUAUGGCCAAUGAGCUGUAUCGUUUCUCACUGGAGGGUAUUGCCUCCAUACUGUUUGAGACCAGGCUUGGAUGCCUUGAGAAGAAAAUCCCUGCAGGAACACAAGACUUCAUUGACUCUAUAGCUCAGAUGUUCUCCAACAGCAUGGCUGUGGCUGUGACGCCAAAGUGGAGUCGAACUUUCCUGCCUUUCUGGGAGCGCUACAUAGCAGGUUGGGAGGGCAUCUUCAGCUUUGCUAAAGAGUUAAUAGACAAGAAGCUGGAAGUCAUUCAGCAGCGCAUGGACAGCAACCAGGAAGUAGAGGGCGAAUACUUAACAUAUCUCUUCUCAAAUACCAAGAUGAGCACAAAUGACGUGUAUGGCAGCAUUGCAGAGCUUCUUUUAGCAGGAGUGGACACGACCUCCAACACCCUCACAUGGACGCUGCACCUGCUGUCAAAGCACCCUGAGAUCCAGGACAGACUUCACAGAGAGGUGUGUACGUUGGUACCCACAGACCGGCUGCCCACAGCUGAGGAGGUCACCAAGAUGCCGUAUUUAAGGGCUGUUAUCAAAGAAGCUCUGAGGAUGUACCCGGUGGUUCCCCUAAAUGCAAGAGCCAUUACAGAAAAGAAUGUUUCCAUUGGUGGAUAUCAGUUUCCAAAAAACACCUCCUUCACGCUGUGCCACUACGCCAUCAGCCAUGAUGAGGACACGUUCCCAGAGCCGUUCACCUUUAGACCGGAGAGGUGGCUCCGUGAUGGGCGAGAGAGGCCGAACCCCUUCGGCUCCAUCCCAUUCGGCUUUGGAGUCAGAGGCUGUGUGGGACGCAGGAUUGCUGAACUGGAGAUGUACAUGGUUCUGUUUCGGAUAAUCCGCUUGUUUGAAGUCCAACCAGACCCAACUAUGGGAGAGUUAAAAUGCAUCUGUCGCACCGUCCUGAUCCCAGACCAACCACUGAACCUGCACUUUCUGGACAGAGGAAGCGGACAUGCAGCAUGAUUUCAUCUGAAUGCAAAUGUUGCAUGUGAAUGUAACUGUUCUAUAUUCCAGUGGCUGUACAACGUAUUGUGAAAAAAGAGACCGUAGAAGCAUGUUCUCAGACUUUGCUUUUACAAACCAAAUGUGAAUAUCUUACACAUAUUUUCUAAGGUUAUGGGUAUUUUCUACAUAAAGCACUUAGAUAUUUCUCAUUGCUGACAUUUUUUUCACAGACUGGACAAACAUUAUGCACUUUUAGUUUAUUAGCAGUGCAUAUUUGUUAAAAGAAUUACAUAACAACUGGUUAUUGUUCAUAAAGGCGAGCCCUGUAAGAUGCACAGAUGAGCUAAGCUACUCAGAAGGAGAUGAGGCAUAAGGAAACAGAGAAACACUGAUUUCCUGGAAACCUUAUAAAACUAUCUUGUGGUUCAACAAAGGUGAUGAUGACCUUUGGCGGUCAUACAAAGAAUAGUAAAUACAGUUUUAUUGUCUGUACAUUCCUGUUUCCUCCUGAGCUGCACCUUAUCACUACAUUUACGUUUGCACUGCAUGUGAGGAUCACAGCAUAUAUUUGAAAGUGUGUAAUCAUUGAAUGCGUUUAAUCUGAGCCACCCGAUUCAUUUGUAUGUAAAAUCAAUAUGCUGAAUGUUGAACAAUAUUGUGUU